AUGCUCAACCUCAGAUUUCCCACCCUAUGUGCUUUGAACUGCCACGCACACGUUCAGGUGAAGCACGCGGUGAUCACUGUGCCCGCGUACUUCAACGACUCCCAGCGCCAGGCGACCAAGGACGCCGGAUCCAUCUCGGGUCUCAACGUGAUGCGCAUCAUCAACGAGCCGACCGCCGCGGCCAUCGCGUACGGCCUGGACAAAAGGGCGAGUAGCGCAACGUGCUCAUCUUCGACCUGGGCGGCGGAACCUUCGACGUGAGCGUGCUGACCAUCGAGGAGGGC